CGCUGUCGUAAAUUUUUAAUUACGGCUUGUCUGGAAAUGAAGAAACGUUAUAAUUUUGAAGAUCCCGUCUUAAGUAAGCUUUCCAUUUUAAAUAUCCAGAAUAUAAAAAAAGGCAAUGAUGAUACACUUUUACCGCUAAUAACAUCUUUACCACAAAUUUGUGACCCCCAAAACACCACGCAACUACAAAAAAUUGACGACCAGUGGAGAAAAUUAAAACACUUUGAGGAUUUACCGGAAUCCACGGAAAUCGAUGAGUUUUUUCAUAAACUAAGUCAAGCAACAGACUAUAAUGGAGAACUUAUAUUUCCAGAUUUGUGUAAUUUUGUUUUAAGUGUUCUCUCACUACCACAUUCAAGUGCCAGUUGGGAAAGACAAUUUUCAAAGGUAAAUUUAAUAAAAACCAAAUUAAGAAACAGAUUAAUAACUAAUACGGUAAAUGGACAUAUGUUAUCGUCUCAGCAGGUCCAUCUAGAACAAGACUGUUUGAAUUUUAAACCCAGUGACAAAAUUUUAAGAAGCAUGACGGACUUAAGAGCCUUCAGAAAAUCGCUUAUUGAGAAAGAGCUACAAAGCAUCGCGGACAACUUGUCUGAUUUUGACGACGAUAUUGUUGACUUUGAGAGUAAAAGUGAAGGAAAAGAAGAAGCCGUUGAAGUAGAUUGCUACAACAGUGAGUCGGGGCAGUCCGCUGAUGAGUUUUGCGAAGAAAUCGAUUUAUUUGUUGGUCCAAAUGAAAAUGAGCGUUUUUAUAUUGGAAAAAAUGAAGAGACGAUUUGGAAAAACACUCCUGUGAAUCAAGGAAAGCAAGUAAAUGUUGAAGAACUUUGGGCUAAAGAUGGAACUAGAAUGAUGCUGCUAAGAGAUGAUGCUGCUAAAAGCGUCAUCCAGUUACAAAAUAUUUUUGUUUCUUCUUCGUGCCCUUCGUUUCGAUAA